AUGCAAGAAGUGGGGAAGGUUUCGGAAAAACUACCCUCAAAAGAAAGGUACGAUGAACUGGAUAAAGGCAUGGAGUUUUCCGGGAACACGGGCAAAGAGGAAUGUGUAGGACCAGAUGAGGAUACUUUGAAGGCAGUAUUAACAGCUCAGGGGGUUAAUGAUCUCACUUUGGCCAAAAAAAUUAUAGGGGCCUGGCGUCACGCGUGCACAAAGAAACAGACGGAGCGCAAUGGUAAGUGGUGCCACUUGUUCUAUUAUUGGGUAGGUGAUAAAAUAAAGGGGGAAUUGACGGGGGGCCAUGAGCUCCAUGCGGCCAUAGAAACAGUUUUCCUUCAAUUGGGGAAUCCGAGGUUCGGGGGUGGAUGCACGAAUCUAUACCCACAAAUUAGUAAAACUCUCUUUGAGCAAGCUGAAACACUAUUUGAUUACAACUAUAACUAUAAAAUCCUGACUGAACAGACGGGAAUUUAUGACCAGGGCACUUGUAUAAAAUUGAAGGACAAAUUGGGGAGUGCUUCAAAUGCCUAUUCAAGUAUAACUGAUACUUGUGAUACAGAUCUCAUUAAUUCAUAUUGUAUGAACUUUACUGCAAUCUCUAAGGAGGACGAAUAUAAAGCACCACAGGAAAUAACAUGUACUCCACGGGCACUACCUUUACCUGAAAUAACGGGGGAAAAAUGUAAGAAAGAUCUAGCCUCACAGAAGGUGUAUUGCGAGCUGGACGAAGCUCAAGACAAGUAUGAGGAAAGUCAAGUGACCAACUUGGGAGAUGUGAAAAGUGCACUUACAAGUACAAUAGGCCAAUACAACAGUAUGGGAACGUACGCAGAAGGCACUGUAAAAGCAUAUUGGCAUGCACACCGGGGAGGUUUGGGAAAUUUGUUCAAUAAGGAUGAUCGUUGCAACUUCCUCUAUUAUUGGAUAGGGGAUACACUGUUCCAAACUAUGAGGAGACCUGAGGACUUUUCUACCGCUAUGAAUGAAGUCUACAACAAGUUGAAGCAGCUGCAAGGGCUGCAAAUUAAUGACAAAUGUGGUGUUAUGUACCCGAACAUUAGCAAAGACAUUUUCACUAAAAUGAAGAAAGUAUAUAAUUAUACUCACGAUUGUACAAUUAUGGAAAAUUGCAGGGGGGGUUCUCGGAGCCCCGGUGCUCCAUGUCCUUCGGAACCCCCCGAACAUGUGCAAGAAACUUGCACAGCUUAUAGACAAAUGGAAAUAGAAUGCAGGGGCGAGACUAAUGAACCUAAUUAUUGUGACGACUUCAACUCAAAAUAUAAGAAGUACUUGAAGGAGGGACCCCUAAAGUCCAACUGUAAUCCGGAACAACCUCAACAAGAAACGCCUCCUGCAGAAGGAACAUCGGGAGCCACCACUGGUGUAGUAGCUGCAAGCACGGAAGGGAGUGCUGAUUCUGGUAGUGGUGUGGUACCUGCCGUGUCUGGUGGCGUAUUGGCCACAGUAGGAUUACCAACAAUUGCUGCUUUCCUCCUUUACAAGUAUAAACCAUGGUCUUCUUGGUUUGGUAAGCAUUCCUCUGGAAAUGGAGGAAGAAGUAAUAGAAGAAGAAGAAGAAGAUCAGCUGGACACGAAUUCGAUGCGUCCACAGAAGACACCUUAACAGAAUAUUCCACACUUAGUUCAAUGAUAGGUGACGAUUCUACAGAUGAAUCAUCCGUAUUUGGUGGUAGGCCAGCAUCCAGAGGAAGAAGUAAUAACAGGAGGGGAAAGAACAUUAGUUAUAAACGUAUGUAA